AUGGAGCACGCCGACCCAUUCCUACAAGUCCAAGCGGACGUCGUCUCAACCCUACAAACCAGCCGACCACUCUUCUCCUCAUACCUCCGCAUCCGGUCACUAGCCAAAAGCCCAACCAACCCCGAACUCAAGCAAGCGCGCUCAGAGCUCGAAAGCACAUUAACAGAGCUAACGGCCGACCUGAACGAUCUGGUCGAAAGCGUGCGCGCAAUCGAACAAGACCCGUACCGCUAUGGACUGGAGCUAGAGGAGGUGCAGCGACGGCGCAAGCUCGUCGAUGAUGUCGGUGACGAGGUCGAGAAAAUGCACCAGGAGUUACAGCAGGCUGUUUCCAAUUCUGCUGUCGACACCCUGCCCAAUCCUACGGAGUUUGAUGCUGCGCUUGAGGAGGAGCGCGGCCGUGGCGGGGAUGAUUAUUAUGCUUCCAUGGAACAGCAGCGCCAGUAUGAGCUUAUGCAUGAGCAGGAUGAGCAGCUUGAUGGUGUUUUCCGCACUGUUGGGAAUCUCCGUCAGCAGGCUGAUGAUAUGGGUCGUGAGUUGGAGGAUCAGGCUGUCAUGAUUGAUGAGGUUGAUACGUUGGCCGACCGGAAUGAGGGUAAGUCUGCCUCCUUUAUUUUCGUCCCGUUUACUUCGUCUAUGCUGGAUUUCUACUGGGAUGGAUGGUCUGAUACAUGGUCCUCCUUUUGUAUCGCGGCACUCAUAUUCGUCCUCGUCUUAUUAUUAAUCCUCCUCAUUGCACUGUGA